AUGCGUCGCCUCAAUUAUCGACCAUCGUGCCAGUUCUCUGCAGCAACGCGCACACCUAGAGCGUUCUCGUCGAACCGCAGGAUACAAGAGCUCGAUGUGCUUUUCCUUCGACAGCAAGGCUCCAAAUACCCCAAAUGGCAUCUGACUGCCCCCCUGAACGCCGAUAGCAACGUAAAGCUCUCGUAUGGGGCGUCGGUCCCUGCGGCGCACCUAAUUGGGAGGAAUCUCCUUGACGUUGUGCAUGACAGCAAAGGCAACCGCGUAGUCCUACAAGAACCCACCCUCUCGAGCUACAUUGUCCACAGCGAGCGACACGCGACGCCCAUCUACCCACACGAUGCAAAUACUAUUGUUGCCUUGUUGGACUUGAACCCAUCGCGCCCCGGAGAAGACGAGGAUGGAGAAAACGCACCGCCAUUCGAGAUAUUCGAGGCCGGUACGGGCAUGGGCAGCCUGACGCUGCAUAUUGCUCGUGCCAUCCACGCCGCCAACCCGCCUCUUCCCCCGAAAUUACGUCGCGCCCUUUGCGAGGCCAGAUUCAGGCCAAAGAGUAACCCGUCCCUGACACGCGUUGAUCUCGAACCGGCCGCGGAACAAGCCCUAGACGAGUAUCGAGCGUCCCGACGAGCCAUUCUCCAUACCCUGGAUCAAAAACCAAAGCACACCCACGCCGCCUACACACUCGUGCGCAACUUUCGUCGUGCGCAGUACCUCUCUUCAGUAGACUUCCACAUUGGAAGCGUCGACGAGUACCUGUCCGGUAGACUUGUCGAAUCGCGCGGUGAACCGUUUUUGCACCGUGCCAUUCUGGACCUCCCGUCCGCACAUGAAAACGCCCAACGUGUAAUUGAGUCGCUGCUACCAAACGGGAUCCUCAUCCUCUUCAAACCUUCCAUCAGCCAAAUUGCCGAUUUCCAGAAAUGGUCCGCCGAAACGCGCCAGCCCGUCCGCCUGGAAAAGGUUCUCGAGCUGCCCGUCUCGACCACGUCCGAUGGUGUUCAUGACGCCGGCGGCGGCAGGCACUGGGACGUGAAGACCGUCGUGCCCAAGGCAUCGCAAGGCGGGGACGGGAAAGUCGUGCAGGUCAUGCGGCCCAAGGUCGGCGACCGCAUUGCCGGCGGGGGGUUUGUGGCUGUUUUGCGAAGAUGGCCUGCUGAUCGGGAACCAGUCGAGCAGGAACAAGAACGGGAAGAUGCGAAUGAAGGGGAGCUGAACGAGAGCCAAGAGAAGGAUUAA